AUGCACGAAAGUAUAAGUGCAAUAGCCAGCUCCUCUGCCAGCCCAAUGGUACGGGUAGCCGCGAACGAGGAGUGGUUGAUCAAGAGUACUGAAAUCCCAGAAUUCCAAUCUACAGGAGCUUUGGACGCCGGUGCACAUGGCAUCAGUGUUCCAAUGCUACGAACCGAAGACGAUGCUCGAAAGAUGGUCAGCUAUGCAAAAUAUCCGCCACUGGGUAUAAGAGGAUUCGGCCCACCAUUUGCAGUAUCGAGACUUGGGCUUAGAAAUGCGCAGGAAUAUCUAUUGACAGCAAACGAGAGUCUACUAACCAUUGCCCAAAUUGAAACCAAAGAGGCUUUAGCAAAUGUCGAUGCGAUCGCCGCGGUACCUGGUGUAGAUGUUCUUAUCGUCGGCCCAUCAGACCUGGGGAACAGCAUUGGACGUCCUAUUCUAAAUGGUGCGAUGCAUGAUGAGCUCAAGAACGGCAUUCUGCGUGUGUUAGAAGCUUCGCGCAAGCAUCAAAAACAUGCAUGCAUGUACUGUGCAUCGGCAGCGGAAGCGGAAUUUUGGUUGAAGAAAGGGUUCCGAAUGGUACGUAUACUUGCAGACAUUCGUGUUUUCGGGGCUGAUCAAAACAGCUCUCUGUAA